AUGGCGAACCGCGGCCUCAUUCCACUCCUGGUCACGAUGAUGCUCGUGACCGGAGUCUGCAACACUAUUCUCAACAAGUACCAGGAUAUGCAAUGUGUACGAAACUGUGACUCGCCCAAUCCCAAAGACCAUAAGCUGUUUGAGCAGCCCGUCAUUCAAACGGCUCAAAUGUUUGUCGGUGAAAUGGGCUGCUGGAUCGUUGUCGGAUUGUCGAUUAUUUACAAGCGCUUCGUGGCACCUCGACUCACUCGAGACCCGUCUCCGCUAUUCGAGGGCGGCUAUCGGCCCGUUGGUGAGGAGGAUGAAGACGAAGACCACACUCUUGACGGGCGCAAUGGCCAUGGCCACAACAAGCCUGCGCACGAAGAUGAUGAUCGCAUCAAGUUGCGUGGCUGGCGGAUUCUCCUGCUCGCUGCGCCGUCUUGCUGUGAUAUCGCAGGCACUACCCUUAUGAACGUGGGCCUGCUCUUCGUUGCUGCUAGUAUUUACCAGAUGACCCGUGGAGCCCUCGUUCUUUUCGUCGGUCUCUUCAGUGUAAUCUUCCUCCGUCGCAAGCUCUUUUUAUACCAGUGGAGCGCGCUCUUCGUCGUCGUACUCGGCGUGGCCCUGGUUGGCCUUGCCGGUGCGUUGUUCGGCAGCGAAACCGGUCAUGAUAUCACCCAGGAUGACGGUGUCGUGAAUGCGGAUGGAAGGACUCCCGAAGCGGUGCAGACUAUCAUUGGUGUUUUGUUAAUUGCCGCUGCUCAGAUCUUCACUGCGUCGCAGUUUGUUCUUGAGGAGUGGAUCCUCGAGAAUUACGCUAUGGACCCUAUCCAAGUCGUCGGCUGGGAGGGUAUCUUUGGGUUCUCGGUUACCGUGAUUGGUAUGGUGAUUCUUUAUCUGGCCGUUGGUAGUACCGAUGCUGGACGGUAUGGCUACUGGGAUAUGAAGGAGGGCUGGCACGAGGUUAGCACGAAUCGCGCAGUGGCGAUCUCGAGUAUGCUGAUCAUGAUCAGCAUUGGCGGCUUCAACUUCUUCGGCCUCUCCGUGACCCGCACCGUCUCUGCCACCUCCCGCAGCACAAUCGAUACUUGCCGAACUCUGUUCAUCUGGCUCGUCUCUCUGGGUCUAGGCUGGGAGUCUUUCAAGUGGCUUCAAGUCGUUGGCUUCGGACUGCUCGUAUACGGCACCUUCCUCUUCAACGAUAUCAUCCGUCCCCCUCUCAAGGCAUGCCUUCCAUCUAACCGGAGAGAGGGCCAGGUACUGCUCCCUGAGGAACCCAUUGAGCAUAUGUAG